UUGUAUCGUAAUAAAAGAAUUAUUGGGUGAUGUUGUCUCGUUCACGGAAGGGAAAUAUGGAAUCUUGUCAAUGGCUAUCACGGCGGUUUGAAAAUCUGCCAUAAACUCUAGCACUGAAUGUUGGAGAAAUACAAAGUACUCGGUGAAAUGGAUUUAUUCUCAUGGAUACUUUGGAUUACAAUAACUGGACUGAAGACUUCAUUAGCGCAAAUGUACGACGACCGAUUUGCUGAUGACAUAUCUGAAUGUAGAACUGACAGUCAUGAAGUCUUGCACGACCCAGCCAGACGCGUCCUGGAGACUGUACCACUCGGAGGACAUACGGGAACUCUAUGUGAUUCGACCUUGACACCAGGAUGGUACAGGUUUUCCCUCGAUGGAAGAGCAGCCGAUAUGGCGGGCGAAUGCAUGCUGCCUAACCAAUGUGGGACAUCGACCCCAAUCUGGCUUCGCGCCAAAAAGAACGAAUCAAUCGAGACAUAUGACGACAGACCUGUGUUGCCAGAGAAACACCAAUCAAAAUCCAUCAUGGCUUGUGUAUCUGUCCAAUCAGAUUGCUGCGCUCAUCUUGUGCCAGUUCAAGUCCGGAACUGCGGGGAAUACUUUGUUUAUUUCCUGUGGAUAACAAAACCUGUGAAGGAAGCUGUAGCUUGCCCUUCCUUCUGUGCGGAGAGCAAGGCUGCAACAACAAGAAAAGGACGGAAUGUUGGCCCCAGAAGCUUGCACGGAUCAUCACCUCGGGUGUCUUCAACAGAUCAGCGGGUUCAAGGAGGGUUUCGACUCCGCUGUACGUACGAUAAACCAUCGAGGCCAGAAAUCGCAAACCAAGCGUUGUAUAGAAUUACUUGGACGGUCACGCAACAUGGGACAAAGGAAUUAUUCCACACUGACGAAACGACUGAGACUUUUUCUGAAGCAACUGUCGUCAGAAUUGACGUCACGGUCACGUGUUCAGUGAGAAUUGUCGACAGGAGAACCCCAACGUCUGAGCUGCAAGGCGUGGAAGGAAGCCCCGGAUACUAUAUUGGAUUAAAGAUGCAACCACAGGUCAUAAGUAUACGAGAAGGUGAAACACAAACUGUGACGGUGACAUCCUCAGUACCGUUUCCAUGCCAACUGGAUGAUCGAGGCAACUGUGUUAUGAGGGUUUUCUUGGCUGCGAGAAACUUAGAUUCUAAGGACAAUCUACCUCCAAAUGUAAUGAUUAGUGGAUGCUCUGUUGCCAUCUCGCGGAUAAGCUGUCAGGAAGGAGUUUGUGGAAAAGGGAAAUUUGAGAUUUCCGGAGUCCAGGACUUUGCAAAUGACGGGACACGAAAAACUCUGGUUGAAACUAUCCCGAUACUGGCCCACGAUGCUGCUUGGGCUGGCUAUGAUGCCCCAGACGUCGAGGUCACAAUCACGGAUGUAGAUACGUCACAAUGUUAUUCAUAUACUGACCCGCAUAUUGUGACACUAGAUGGAGCACUAUACGACUUACACACGACAGGAACGUUUGUGAUGUAUGAGUCAACGGAACGAGACUUUAAGGUGCACUCUAGGGUCUGGGACAAGUGUGACAUCACUAACAGGACUACGUCAUCUCACAAUUCUUGGUGUCACUGCGGAGUAGCAGCUAGUCAAGGAGGUGACGUCAUCGUUAUCGACGGAUGUGGGCAAGAUGUGACGUCAUCAAAUGACGUCACUGAACCUCUAAUUGAAAUCGUCAGUGAGUUACCAAUGGACCCAGCUACUCGCAUAUUAACAUCGAGAGAAGGGGAGAAAAUAACGAUCUUCUUCCCGUCUGGGGCAUUUGUUCGAGUUGACGUGGAACCAUGGGGUCUCGGAAUAACAGUGCAGGCACCCUUUGUUGAUCAUGGGAAGACUAAGGGGCUAUGUGGACAUUUUGAUGGAAAUUCUAUCAACGAUGCAAGGAGACAAAACAUUGAAAAUUUUAGACUCCCAGCCGGUUUCAGCUUGUUUGAACGAGUUCCUGUCAAAAAGUCAAACUCCACAGUUUCCCCAAACUACUGUUUAUGUGGCAAGUACGGCGAGAAAUGUCAAUACCAAAACCCGAUACAUCGACCAAAUCUAUUUGAGGGGAAUGACAUCACUGAGAAAUAUGUCGCACUUGCAGAGUCUAAGAUGAUCCAACGCCAGCCGAAUAAAAUAUUCCCUCGAGUUUGGGAUGCGUCUUCUUCUCAUCAAGAGAUGAGAGGACAAGACUAUUCAAUCUGGCAACCCUCGUCUGGGAGGUAUCGUAGUAGAAGCAAGAGAUCUAUAAAGAAAGAUUCACAGAAUGGUGGAAAGCAGAAGCGAUCGGUACAAGAAAGGAGAUCUCAUAGAAAACGCGGGAGGCGAAACAAACGACAAUCUGUGGCUGAAAUCCCAGGCCAAAAUGACUAUGGAUAUCACCAAGGAGUUGGGUCAUAUCACGGCUAUCAAACCAUGCAUGAUGACCCUCGAACUUAUGGCGGAAGUUAUCAGGAAGGGAAUACCAUGUACGGAAAUCAACGGUCACAAGGUGGCGUUGGAAACAUUCCCGCCAACGAACAAGAAAAUUGGCAAAGAGGUGCCUAUUCCAACCAGCAAACUCAAAAUGCAUAUAAUCCGAGCGGGUCACAUCUAGGAGCAUAUUCUGGACAAAACCCCAAUUAUCGAGAUUCAGGACAAAAUGUCCUGAUCGGGGGGUCGAACAAUUAUUACAAUCCAUAUGAGAAUUAUGGUCAAUACCAGUACAAUCCAAAUAACUAUUUUCAGUCACAAGUGUCGGGAAAUGGCUUCCAGAAUCCACAGUUUACAAACCCUAGUUAUGGAUAUGUACCGGAUUAUAGCUCCCAACAAAAAGUUCCUGGUACCGGAUAUGUAAAUCCGGUGCACCAAUCCGGAUAUCAUUCAAACGUCGGAUCCGACGUUCAGUCUGAUAGUGCACAAACUGAAUAUGCAACCGAUCAGAAUGUUAAAGGUCAACAGCUUCCAAAUACGGAGUCAAUAUCCGGAAAUUCGGGUAAUCCGGUAACGGGAAAUACAUACUCUAGUUACGGAUAUGUCCCAAAACCGGUAGGGGAUUACGGAAAUACACAACAGAAUCAAAAACCAGAGCAGAGUCCGGAGUCAAGAUCUGCCUAUUCGGAUACUACCGGAUCCAACUUCGGAUACUAUCCGGAUUAUUAUUCACAACAGAGAAAUUUUAUUCAGCAACCUAGAUUUGGGGCCCAGUUUGGCAAUAUGGGUCAAGGGGUCCCCAACCAUGCAAGCUAUGGGUAUGUCCCAGAAUAUAACCCAUAUCAAAACACCCAUUCUGGUAAUCCACGACAUGCUCCGGAUUCGAUCCCCGGAUAUGGGACAGAAUCCGGAGCUGGGGACUCCCAGUAUAAUAUCCCUGGCGCCGGCAACAAUUUUCGCAGCGGCCAUGUUGGUAAUUCGCAAAGUAUGAGUACACAAAAUGCUCCGGAUACUAUCCCCGGAUUUGGAGCAAAACCCGGAGUUGGGGACUCCCGGUAUAAUAUCCCCGGCGCAACAAAUAGUUUUCAUGGCAACUUCGGGGCUGGUUAUAAUUCUCAAUAUUCAAACUACCAAUCAUCGCAAGCUGGUGGUGCCGGAUAUGGAGUCGGAGUUCCACAAGCCGAUUCUGGUAGUGCCGGAUAUGGAUCCGAAGAAAUUCGGCGAUCGCAAACUCCGGUUACAAGAAGCGAUUAUAUUUCUGGUAUAUCGUCGCGGAAGAUUUCAAAACAUAAACGAAGGGGUGUCGAUACUGCUGCAAGUACCGGUCCGCGUACUGUGGAAACUGGAACAGGUCGUCGUCAGUUCGGGGCUCGUAUUUCUGUCGGUGAAGUUCCUCCAUCGCAUCAGAUUUUGCAACCACAAACCCCAGAUAUGAUUUCAAUAUAUGGAGACCAGACGCCAGACCAGGGCAGGAACGAGGGCACGAAAUACAGAAAUCGGGCGACCUACGUUUUCUUGGACGAUCGUUUUCCGAAAACUAGCCUCAAAACAGACAUGAGAUGGCCAAAUAGCAAAGGAUGGUCGAAAAAUUAUGUGAUUGCAAAAUGUGGCUCAAUCAUACGGAAACUGAGCAUCGUUACAGCUUGUGGGACGAUCUUAGGUGAAGAUGCCAUCCAGAUAGCCAUCGAUAUAUGCGUCCGAGAUGUCCACAAUAAAGGCGACUGGAUUUGGGCUGAGAGAUCGUACUCCAUGAUUGAAAAUAUGUGUGAGGGAAGACUAAUAAAGAAUACAAACGUAUGGAGAAAAGAAAGGGACGGAAGUCUAUCUCCACCAGACUUGGUGUUAUCGUCUCUAAGAUGCCCGCGUAAUUGCAACAAUCAUGGAGAAUGCUCUUCUCAUGGAUGCGUCUGUCAUGAAGGUUAUUUCGGAGUGGAUUGUGGGGACAUGCAUUCACGAGCAGAAGAUGACUCAUCACCGAUAUCCAAAUCAUUUACAAUGACUUCAACAACAAGCAUAAUCUUUGAACCCGUGACGUCAUCUUCAACAACAAGAUCAUCUACUUCAACAACAACCCCAAUACCUCCAACAACUACAUCAACACCAAUUACAACAUCCACACACCGUUUUACUACAACCUCAUCAACUUCAAAACCUACUGUAGAUGACGUCACAACUCCGAUGACGUCACCAACUUCGAAUAUAAUCGAAGAAACAUCCCCCCAUAUUUCGUCUAAUAAUAAAAUUCCAAUUCCAACAAGAACUAAUAUUGAUCAUAAUAUGACGUCACAGUCAGGAAUCAGUGGACCAGUACAUUUGGCGGGAAAUACCAAAUAUAUUCGUGUAAAUAGGCAACCUCCUUCCACAACUCAGACGACAACAACGAUAGAAAUUCCCUCUCUUGUGUUAACUGGAGUAGCAAAUAGCGGAGAAUGCCAUGCAAUGAUAGGCGAUUGUGAUCGAAUAGAGAUAUUUGGAAACGGCUUCGUUUCGAGUAAUCACAUGUCAAGUGACUCCGUUGCCGAACAAUCUUCUCUAAACUGCAUUGUUACAAAACAAGAUGGUCCGUUUCCUAACGCCGUUUCGUUUCCCGCCAUUUUUAAUCCCGAAGAAGAGAAUCAUAUGUUCUGUCCUCUUCCAGAGAUCCAAACACUUCUUGUGACGUCACAACCGCAAGUUAAUUACAAAAUUAAGGUCACCGAUGGCACCAGGGAAUCAAAUGAAGUUGACGUCACAAUACAUCUCGGAUAUGGAUCAUUGAAUCCGUGCGCACAAAACCGGCCACCAGUUUUGAACGAAGAAAAAGAUAAACUCAAGGCAUUCGAAGGAGAAAUAUUCAUCUAUCAAUUGAAUGCAACUGAUCCAGGAGACCCGUUCAUAUACUUCGACAUCGACAAAUCAAAAACGACGGACAUGUACGUGUCAGUGAAUGGACUACUUGAAUGGACGGUGCCUCUUGAAUCCUCAGCCAAGACCAAGAAUGUUACUAUUAUCAUAAAGGACCAGUGUGGACUGAAUACAACAGAGACUAUCCAGAUCACCAUACUUCCAUGCUUGUGUGAGAAUGGCGGACGCUGCAUUCCAGAUAUUUCCAAAGAAGUUGGACUCGGGGCUUAUGAGUGUCAGUGUCUAGUUGGCUUCGGUGGAAGAUUUUGUAACGAGACGUGGAAUGAAUGUCCUUUGGGAUUUACAGGAGCGAACUGCAUGACAGACAUUGAUGAGUGCCUUGUAAAUCCGACACCGUGCUUCGAAGGAGUGGAAUGCUUCAACUACAUGGGUUCAUAUUAUUGUGGGCAAUGUCCGGAUGGAUAUCUGGGAAAUGGCUUAACUUGUAUAAAAGUUGAUUAUUCGUUAUCCGAUGACACGAUCGCUGUUGAAAACGAGACAUCAGUGCUGUGGGAUGAUGAUGAUUCACUCAUUGUUCCUGAUAUUCGUGAUUUGGCUCACGAAGUUCACAAAUCCCGUGAAUUGAUUCGUGAAUUAGCUAAUGAAGAUGAUUCACCAAUUCACGACUAUGAUGAUAUCAUUGGCUCGCUUGGUGAUUUUGGAAAUUUAGAAACUGCUCAAUCAAAUGAGUUAACUACUGAUAAUGAAAUGGUUCGUGAGAUGGUGAACACUGAUGAAUCUGAAUCACGAAUUUAUGAGCUACAAUUGGUUCAAGGUACCCGCCCGUCUUCGGAAGUACAAGUUUUCACUACAAUACCUAGUGUUGCCGAAGGAGAAUCUACUAAACAGCGGGAAGACGAAAUACAUGCUACUAGAGCAGUUUUUAUCCCAGAUAUACCAUCAAGAUGA